UCGACAUUUGGUUUUUAGAAAAAAUGCAGUAAACAAAAGAUCUGCAGGUUGUUUUUUUGCGCAAAGUGUUUAACUUUGUUUAUUUUUAUUUCACCUACAAUAAAUUGAUUAUUGUUAUAAAAAGUAGUUUAUAAGUGUUUUCAAAAUGGACCUUACAUCAAUUAACGACUCCCAAAGUGUUCUCUUCAAAGCUUGCAUAUCUAAACAACUAGAAGAAAUAGAUCUUCUCUCCUCAAUCUAUUGCAAUCCUAAUGAAAUGACUAUAUACGAUCCAGGUGUAAUUAGUGAUUUCAAUGAAUACCUAAAGGGAUCAUCGAUUCCUCUGCGAUCAACGUUAGAUUUUGCAAUUGCCAUCUCAACGAGUCGCGGUGACAAAAUUGAUAUUCGUGUGGAAUUACCUCAUCUGUAUCCUGUCAUUGAAAAUGCCAUUGUUACCAUUCGCAAUGCUUUGCUGUCCAAGCCACAAGAGUCUUUUGUCAAGUCACAAAUAGAAAACUACAUUGAUUCUAUGGACAAAUCGGACACGUAUAUGUUUCAAGUAAUAUCUUGGAUUCAAGAACAAAUCGAUGAUUUCCUUACUAAAGACACGAGUGAUCUUGAGCUGGAGAAAAAAGAUCAUCACAAUGAAAUUGAUGAUUUUGAACGUUUAUGGAUAUAUUCGCAUCACAUAAAAAGUCGUUGGAAACGUCAAGAAAUUGUCCGACAAAGUCGUGAUCUAGAUUUAACUGGUUUCUUGCGACCUGGUAAACCAGGAAUCAUUUGUGUUGAAGGUCUGAAAAAGAACACUCAAGAAUUUUGGAGAAUCAUUAAAUCCAUGCAAUGGCAUAAGAUCACUAUAAGGAAAAGUGAAGUACGACAAAAAGCUGGCGAAAAGAUGGAAAAACUAAGAAGAUUCGAUGGAUUUCGUGAGGAGCUAUUCAGUGACACAGGAGAUGAUGAGGGUACAAAAAUCAGCAUGUCACAGUUUAUAACGUUUUUAGAUAAACACAAUUCAGGGUACAUAAAAAAAGAGCUGUUUGGCUUUGAAUAGCAAGAUCUAUAGUUGAUGUCAUUUUGUAUAUAACAUGUAUGUAAAUCAAUAAAUGUGAAAAA